AUGAGCUCCUACGUAGCCAAUUCAUUCUAUAAGCAGAGCCCCAAUAUCCCUGCCUAUAACAUGCAAACUUGUGGGAACUAUGGAUCGGCCUCAGAGGUGCAGGCAUCCAGGUACUGCUACGGUGGAUUGGACUUAAGCAUCACUUUCCCACCGCCUGCGCCUUCCAACUCUCUCCACGGGGUAGACAUGGCUGCCAACCCCCGGGCUCACCCCGACCGCCCCGCCUGCAGCGCCGCGGCCGCUCCGGGACACGCUCUGGGCAGAGAUGAAGCGGCUCCUCUGAACCCCGGGAUGUACAGUCAGAAGGCGGCUCGCCCAGCGCUGGAGGAGCGAGCUAAGAGCAGUGGGGAGAUCAAAGAGGAGCAGGCGCAGACAGGGCAGCCCGCCGGACUGAGCCAGCCACCGGCCCCGCCACAGAUUUACCCGUGGAUGACCAAACUGCACAUGAGCCACGAGACGGACGGCAAGCGGUCCCGAACCAGUUACACGCGCUACCAGACUCUGGAACUGGAAAAAGAAUUCCACUUUAACCGCUACCUCACUCGCCGCAGGCGCAUAGAGAUCGCCAACAACUUGUGUCUCAACGAGAGACAGAUCAAGAUCUGGUUCCAGAACCGCAGGAUGAAGUGGAAGAAAGAUUCCAAAAUGAAAAGCAAAGAGGCCCUUUAGAGGCAGCGGGGAGGCCCGCAGAUAGCGCCCUGAGCCCGCUUUGGUCCCUGCGCCUUUCCUUUUCGGUUUUCCGCUCUCUAUAUUUGGGGGCAAGGGCGGGGGCUGCAGCACCGGCUCCCGGGCCUCACAGACAAAAGCGCUUUUCCUUGGCAUUCCGCAUCCCCACCGACCCCAGGUUCCCGCGGGGCUGCCCGCGCUGC